UAUUGAACAUAUGGUUUCAUGGAAUAUAAAGGAUGGUUUACCACCCCGUUGACUUUGAUAUCGAUGACUUCCUCUCCAGAAUUCAGGGCAAUAAACCUCCUUUUGUGUGUCCAUCAGAAACAUGUCAGAAAGUUUGCAGGUCAUACAACUAUAUGCAAAAACAUAUGCUUCUUCAUCGCCCUCCUGCUCCAAUAGAUAUUCCUGGACCACUUGUAAAUGUUGAAGUUUCUAGCAACUUUAAUUGUGGACCUUCAAAAAAUGAUUCUGAUAAGAUUGCAAAGAUGUCAAUGGUUGUCAGUCACCCAACCGAAAAUGUCUGUCAGCAACAAAAGAAAACCCGCAUGGCUUUCACUGAUGCUCACACUUCUGUGGUUUUUGAAGCUUCUCCAGCUACCAAGGGUCACACGUUUCGGUGUAACAUAUGCGUCCCCCUUACUAUUCGCCUGCAGAAUAUGUCAAAUGAGAUAACAGAAAGUGAUUCCUUCUCUCCAACCCAAACAUUAUCUAAGUCAGAAGACGUCCUCACUAACAAAAAGCAACCGUCUAGUAGAAGCAAAAUGUUUCAUCAUAAAAACAAGGGUCGCAUUAAAAAUAAUAAAAGUGGCUUGGUUUCAGAUAAACAGUCUGACCUAUGUGAGAAAGGUUCUACCUAUAAAAAUGGUACAGAAGUUCAUCAUAAUGUUGUUGAUAUACCAAAAGCAGUUUAUUCAAUCGAUCCAGAAUUUUCUAUUCGGAAGUCCGUACGUUUGAAAGAGGGCUCGAGUUAUAUUCGUUUUAUUGAAAAGACGUCAGAUGAAUUGGAUGAAAUUGUCGAGUAUGAUUUGGAUGAGGAGGAUCUUUUUUGGCUUGGAAGAAUCAAUGCCAAACGUAAUAGUCAAUCACUACCACCUGUUGCUGAAUCUACUCUGGAAUGGAUUAUGGACAGAUUUGAAAAGAAGGCCAGAUUCCGUUUUUCCUCGAAUGGUUGUGAAACAACAGACAUUCUCCCUGAUAUUGGUGGUAACCAUUCGGGUAUUGAUGAAGAUGCUGUAUGUGCUGUCUGUCAGGAUGGGACGUGCGAAAAUACGAAUGUGAUAUUAUUUUGUGAUGUUUGCAACUUAGCUGUACAUCAGGAAUGCUAUGGAGUUCCAUAUGUCCCUGAAGGUCCUUGGCUGUGUCGUAAAUGUCUUCAUUCACCGAGUGAACCAGUUUCAUGUGUUUUGUGUCCGAACAGGGAUGGUGCAUUCAAAAAAACAACAGAUGAUCGAUGGGCUCAUGUAAUAUGUGGCUUAUGGGUACCUGAAGUGAUGUUUGCCAAUCUUACAUUCCUUGAACCACUAGAAGGGAUCGACAGAAUAGCUCCAGCCAGAUGGCGUCUUCAAUGUUUCAUUUGUAAACAACGCAAUGUUGGUGCUUGUAUACAGUGUCAUAAAUCUAGUUGUUAUCGAGCAUUUCAUGUGACGUGUGCACAACAUGCUGGAUUGUAUAUGAAGAUUGAGCAUACAGAUGAUCCUGGAGAUUUAGGAAUCCGAAAGAGUGCGUUCUGCGAUCAGCAUUGUCCACCGGAUCAUUUUUCUAGUUCAAACAAAGGAAUGUAUGCUCAUUCUGAUUCUGAUGGUCCUCAAUCUCCUGAGCGAGCAGCUCGAAUUCAUCUCAGAAAAGCUCGUAAAAUUUUGGCUGAACGAAGAAAUUCUAAACCAUCUGUUUGUGUUCCCAUUGUAUCCAAAGCAAAACUUGAUCUUAUUCUGUCCAAAUUAUCUGGUGUAUCAGGAGAUAAAAUGGAGUUCUUAAAACAAACUUAUGCAUUUUGGAAACUCAAAAGAGAGUUUAGACGUGGUGUUCCAUUACUUAAACGGCUUCAGGCAUGUUCUUUGCACAGAAGUGCAGCCAAUUUUGCUGUUGCGGCUACAACUGGAGAUGCAGAAUCACAUCGAAUGAGAGCUCAUUUAAAAUUCUGGCAACAAUUACGUCAAGAUCUUGAAAGAGGACGGUUGUUGUCUGAACUUAUACGUAAACGUGAACGUAUUAAACAUGAUAUAUUUCGUCUAUUUGUAACUGAAAUUGAAUUGAAAAUCCAACCACUUGUUAUAUUUCAGUUACGGUUUAUCGAUCAGCUUCAAGUUUUAGAUACAAAUCAAUUUUUUGCAGAACCUGUUGAACCAAGUCUUGCACCAGAUUAUAAUUUGAUUAUUAAAAAACCAAUGGAUUUUUCUACAAUGCGUAAAAAAAUUCAAAAUUUUGAAUAUCUCACUAUGAAUGAAUUAUUAUCAGAUUUUAAUUUAAUGCUAGAUAAUUGUUUUGAAUAUAAUCGUGAAACAAGUAUUUAUUAUACUGCUGCUGUUAAACUACGUGAACGAAGUAAACCUAUCAUAUCUGAAGCCUUAGCCAUGGAGAAACAAAUCAGUUUCUGUCCUAAAACUGGACUUCUUCUAGAGAAUGUGCAAAAGAAAACAGAAAUCAAUAACCAAUCAUCUCAUGAAGAUAAUAUUGAAAAUACAUCUAAAACAAAUGAAAAUUAUGCUCAAUCAGUGAAUUCAAUGGAUGGAAAUUAUAAUUAUAGAAAAAACUCACCAAAUUCUCCAGUAUUACUUCAUUUAUCCACUACACGAAAACCUAAAUGUUUAUUAACAACAAAUAAACGAGUUCAUAGUCCUUUAAAAGAAUUAAUUAAUUGUGAUCAAAAUUCAUCAAUUCCUAGUAAUAUACGAAGUCGAUUAAGAAGUUUUCAUUCACCAACAACACCAAAUCAAUCACCUAUUUCUUUUACUACAAAUGGAAAUUUUGACUUUACUUCACCUAAUAAUACUAAUAAUGGUGCUACUACUUCUACUAUUAGUGAUACUACUACGAAUCCUUUUACUAAUAUAGUAAUGGACUCAUCCAAUUUAUCUAGAAAACGCCGUCUUUCUUCAACAAGUGGAGAUCGGAAUCCUUAUCUUUCUCCAAUUCUACUCAAUGGAGAUUGUCGGAAGCCCGCAAAACUAGCUCGAGUACAGCCACAUUCUCCCGGAAAUGCAUUUGCACAAGCUUACAAUAAGUCAGCGAAUGGAUUUGAAAAUCUUAUUGGAUCACCUAGAAACAGCGAUUGUAAAUGGAAUCCUUCUAAUCUUCUAUCAGUUAAAGAUUCGACAUCUUUUCAUACUCGUCAGGUAGCUCGAUCUACAAACGAAGUUAAUGAACUAAUAUCUUUAAGUAAUGGUCCUGCAUUUACACGUUAUAGAAUCGGUCGUUUAUCACGUGGCGAUGAUGAGGAUGAUGAAGAUGAUAGUGAAGAGACAGAUGACGAUGAGAGUGAUGAUGGAUGCAUUGUUCAUCCUAAUACUAACUCUUCAACACCUAAUCCUAGUCAUAAUUCUGAUCGUUUUCUUCGUGAGCACCAACAACAAAGUUCAAAACAAGAUCCGGAAGUUAGAAUUAAUAAAAGACCCACUGUUGUCAGUAAAACAACAACAUUGGUUGGUGCAAGUCGAAUGGCUUUUGCUAAUAAACGUUCUCCUGUCAGUCGUUUAAAAUCUGUUUAUCGGUUCAGAGCAAAACAAGCCUCUAUGAAUAUCAGAAAAUCUAAACAUAAAAGACGAGCACCAUUACCUAAUGAACUAGGCGCUAACAAAAAUCUUCAAAAUGCUCAAUCUAACAUACCAUCACCAAUAUUAGCUCCUUUUAAUGAUUCUCAUUUAACAUCAGAUUCUGAUACAUUAUUCACAAAGUUUCUACCGAAAACUGGUAUUGUCAUAUCAAAUAGUAUCCAACGAGAUCAUAACGCUGUGAACAGUAAUUUCGAACCAGUUAACAGAUCACACCAUACUGACUUACCAUUGGAUAAUGAAUUUGAUACAAAGGCCAGUUGCAUAACUGACCCAUUGUCCAUUUCUUCCAAUAUCGAAACAUCUUAUUCUAGUAACUCUAAACCAAUACGAAGUCCCUUAUCCCGUGUUUCUUCUCGAGGUAGUAUUGGAGAGGAUAUAUUUCCGGAACAUCAAUUCAGUCCUUUAGAUAUCGUUUGGGCCAAAUGUUUGGGGUCGCCAUGGUACCCAGCCAUAAUUGUUGAUCCAGACGCUAAUGAGGGUUAUUCACACAAUGGUGUUCCUAUUCCUAUACCUCCGGAAUCAGUAUUAAAGUGGGGUAAACAAAUAGCCUGCAAUAAAUCCUCUGAUGACUUAGAACUUUUGUUAGUCCUUUUCUUCGACACAAAACGCACAUGGCAAUGGCUUAGUCUUCAGAAGCUUCAACCUCUUGGAAUUAACAAAGAACUCGAUUAUGAGAGACUACGAGAAGGAAGAAGAAGUAAAAUGAAGCAUUCAGUAACAAAAGCUUAUCGCCGAGCUGUAGAGCAUAUAUGUAAAGUUCACGGGAGACCAUAUCCUUAUACAGACGGAAAGUCAACAGAUAUUGCUGUUUUUACCUUGUAAAAAAAAAGUUUCCAUUAUCUUCUUUGUACAAAAUUUAUUGUUAAAUUUAAUGCAUUCAUGAUCAACUCGUAUAAAUUUCCAAACACUAUUGUUUGUUAUAUGAUAUAUGUUACUGAUUUUUUUUUACUCUACUGUAUCAUAUUUAUUAUCUCAGAGAUGUUAGUAAGAUGAAACAUCUACAUCGAUGUCUAUUAAUCUCUACUAACGUUCCAAAUAAAUUUAUUUUCCUUUGUUUCACUAGCUUUUGUUUUAUGUUAAAUGUACAUGAAUUUUCAACAUUUUUUUUUAUAGAGGUGCAGUAGAUGAAUUAAUAUCAAUUCUGUC